UUGAGUGAAGCGCGUGCGCCGGGUAGGCGGGGCCAGAGUGGCGGUUGGAAAAGCCGCCGCCUCGGUUAGGGAUUGGCUGCCUGUUUCCAGGGCGGGGGAAAGGCAGAGGGGAAGCGGAGCGAUGGAGUUGCGGGCGGAAUUGACGGGCCGCGACGGGCUGAAGCGGCCGCUGAGGGUCCGUUGCGAGCCGCCGGGAGAGCUGCGGGGCUUGCUCAGCGGCCUAGCUCAGCUGCGGGAACAGGUCUCCGCGCUGCUUGGCCCCCUGGUGCAGCAGGAGAGCGGCGCCGGCGACCGAGCCGGGCCUGGAGGUGAUUAUGAUGAUGAACAGGAUGAUGAUGAUGAUGAUGAAGAAGAAAAUCAUGUCAUUGCCAAAGCAUGUGCUGACGGACCACCAUUAAAACGAAUAAAAACACAGUCCUGAUGAAAACUACAAACAUUUUUCUACUGAACUUGAGUUUAAUCAUAUACACACUUUCCCUCUGGGAAAAUUUCUGGGAUGUUUUGUUAAAACAGUCCUGAUGAAAACUGCAGGUUUUUUCCUACGGAAUUUGAGUUUUGUUUUCUAGACACUUUCCUCCCGAGGAAACUUCUGGGCUACUUUUAAAACUAGAAAUGCACUGUCCUUUUUAUUAUUUACCGUUACCACAAAUCAAAAGGGAAGCUCAUUUGUGGAGUAUUAUGUGAAAUACUGAAGCAACCAAGUAAAAGACCAUGUAUAUAAGAAAGAAUGAUCUCCCUUCUCUGAGGGGAAAGGGCCAGUAGUGGUAUUGAAAUAAAUUAGAAAGAGUUGUUUAUUUUCA